GCGAGCAAAAAAAUCAAAAUGGCGAUGGCCGGAUCAGGGAGGCCCGCGUGUAUGCUGUCAUCUGUUGCUCUGCAAAUCCUGCUACACGUGACAGCCGUCUACUUUGUCUUCUAUUUCCUUUUUACUCUCGGGUUAAUCGUCAAAAAGAGUUUGGUGCUGUCUUAUCCUGCUGAGGCGCUGCUCUGUGACAUCUUGCUGCUCUUCCUCCUGGCUGCUCUGGAGUUUCUCCAUUUCUUCAGCGGUGUGAAGGGCAACCUGAUGGAGAGCGAAACGUAUAUUUUUGGUAACCUCUUUUUGACUGGGACAAUUGCCCUGCUGACGAUCUACUUCCUGGUGUGGCAGAGCUACGUGAUGAGGGCGGAUGUGAUCAUCAGUACCAUCUCACUCGUCCUCUACGGUUUAGAUGGAGUGUUGGCUUUCAGCACUUUAACCAGAUUUGCCAGUGUGUACUCUUGAAGAAGUCGUCCCUGGAUUGGCGUGUUUGUUACAGCUCGUCUCACAGUGUGUCUGCUGUGCUUUCUUGUAGCACGAAGACGAGCAGAAAUCAAAAAUCAACAUUGUCAUUUGGACGGUUUUGUAAAGAAUAUUUGGACUGUUAUGCCUGUUAUAAAAGUGGUAGAGCUUAAAAUGCCGGGAUGGAAAAAUAUUAAUUUGUGCUGUUUGUGGAUUUUUUUUUUUUUUUGUUUUCUACAUAUUAAAUAUAAAAUGUUUAAUUUUUUACUAAGUUUUAUAUUUGUUCCUGCUUUGUACAGCAGAGGGCAGGGUUGUUUUGAUAAAGGUUUGAAUCUUCACAGAUGAUUUUUUUUUUAAAUAUAUUUUUGAAAUAAAUAAUACGUAAAGUGUA